UUUUCGUUUCCACAGUUUGCAGAAAUAACGAAAGAGGCUAUAAAAUUCGGCCAACAGGAUAGGGAGGCAACGUUGCAGCGGCGCAAGUCAUAGGGCGGACGAAAAACUAGGAAUAUGGCGAAGGCGGUUGCGGAGGAGCAGGCGACUUCCGCCGAGGCAGUGACAAAGCUCCUGAGGGAUGCCUCACGGAGUUCCCCUGAACGACUGGCCACUGCGAAGAACCUCUGGGAGCACACAAUAACUUUCGUUCCGGGGAAAGAUGACCUCCUAUUGGAUUGGACGACUUCGGAGAUGUUCAAUGGGAUCAAGAAGAAGGAGUUGGGGAAGCAGCAGGAGUGCCCUCACUUGCAUAUCCCUUUCUGGAACUUCCUUCACUCGCUAUUAGAACACUUUGCGGCGCAGAAACGCAAACUGCAGAAACUGGGCAACUGGGCGGCAGGGGCCUCGGCGGCGUCGACACCACUGAGAACGUACAACGUCAGAACUCGGAUGAUGGAUGUCUUCAUAGCGCUGCUGGAUGAUGUUGCGGACUUGGAGGAGUCAGAUGCGGAAAGCUUGGACUCUCCCUCCACGUUCGAACUCUUGCGUCUGGGCCUCGAGAAUCUGCAGUUGUUGGCGAGUGAACUCCCGGAGGUGUUGCGUCCCACGCUAGACCUGCACGUCUCCUUGACGAAUUCUGCGAUACGAUUGUUCCUCCUGGCGAGAAGGAACUCGGGGGAGGACCAGACAUCGUCUUCGCUAGCACUCGAGAGCGCGUCGGCUGCCUUCUUGGCGAGGGCAUUGAAGGAGCUUACAAGCUCUGCCGUGCAGUAUCCCAAUCAGAAGAAGGUCUUCACAACUUGCAUCGGCAAGCUGCUACUGCCGCUGUUUGCACUGCAUAAGAACCUAUCAGCAAGGCCGGUGCAUUCUGCAGUUCCCACGAGCGAUUUGCUGUCGAGUGCUCGAAUCCUUGUACAGCGAACCCUAUUCCACAAGGACCAUCUGCCGGAGUUCGCUACUGUCCUUGAUCAGCUGUUCGAGAAGAAAGGUGUCAAUCUAGAGAAAGCUGGGUAUCCGAAGCAGCUGCUGGACCACAUUCGGAAACUUCUGGAAGGGAAUGAAUUAGACGCCGAUGCCACGAUGGAGGCACUCCCGCUACUUUUCAAACUCUUUGCCGACUCAUGCGAGCGCUACUCGAGUCUCCGAACCAGCAGCGUACCUCCCUCCUUUGCUCUCUUCUAUCAGCUACAGAAAUUGAUCUUCGAGGGCAUACCCGCGGGGACGGAAUACGACGCAACAAUCUCCGAUCGCGUGCAGAGGAUACUCACCGUCUCCGUGACCCUAUUAGAGUCCUUCGCGGACUGCAACGUGUACCGAUCGACCAACGACGCCUCCUCCAAAAGACAGUUGAGCUACUUCCAAACCCUGUUCGGCAAGCUCUACGAACUCAUUGCGCGUCUGCCGCCUUCGCAUCACGGGCAAGUCUUCCGUGGAUGGGGUGUACUGCUGCUGUUGGACUACGGGAUCAUUGAGACGCACAUUCGCGACAUUUGGCCACAUGUGCUCUCACCUGCAGACGAAGCCCGAGACUCUGCAUCAUCGUUCAUAUGCGUCAUUUUGGCGACGUUUACGAAAGCGAGGAGUCUGAAUAUUCUAAUUGAGGACUAUCUUCGUGCUAUUCGCACGCUCCAGUUAGAUAGCGGUCAAGGUGCUGACCGCAUCGUGUUCUCAUCUUCGGCGGUAUUUGAUGAGCUGGCGCGGUGCAGCGAACGAUUACUGCCAGUGCAGGCCAUUGAGCUGAUUCGAAUGAUAGCCGAUACCCUCAUGCAACAGUACCUUCCAUCGACACAAGACCAGCCGCCAACCAAAAAACGGAAGACAGGGAAGGGUUCGAAAGCGGUGGCGGAGAAAAAAGCACUGGACGGGUCCGGCAGAUCGGCUGAACUGCCGGUAUCGCUACUGUGCACGAUCCUGCAGCACUCACAAAUAUCCCAAGGGCAACGAGCGGCAUACGACCAGAUCGUCGCGGAAUUGCAUCUCAACUUCAUACAGAGGAUGCUGAGCUCAUCCGGCGACUACGAGCUCUAUCCAGCCCUCUCCCUCCAACUGACGUUGGUGAAGUACGCACCCGAUUACUGGGGUCAGCAUAUCAGCACCGCCGGUGUGACCCGGAUGAUGGAAAGGCUGCGACCACUCUCAAAACAGCAUCCCAAGAUAGCGUAUCUGAAGGACGACAUUGCCUUGUGCCAUGUUGAUCGUAUUGCGAGCACCUGUGUUGAUCCGCUAGGAGUCGCGGGAUGUGACGAUAUCGUGCGGGAGAUCAUCGCGGAGUAUGCCGAACUCAGCCGCCGGGCCAAGUUCCAUCGCCCUAAGGGUGCAUCGUGGGACGGGCGCGUGUCAUCCAUCACGGAGGAAAACGCUGUAGUUGCGCUCUGGGGCGUUAUUGCGAACCAUCUUCCGGCAAUCAGCCGGUUGGCAGGAGAAGAGGACGUCAAGUUCGCCGUGAAUACCAUCCUAAAUUCACUUGAACACACUGAGGAGAAUUCCGCCUUGGGACCUUCGCAACAUUCAAUGCGAUCCGUCUCGUUCGAGUUACUGCGAAGCACAGCGUUCUACGAGCUUCGAGCGAUCAGGAACAUCCUGGUUCCCGGACUAAUCAAGCGCAUUCAAACGGUCUUCGCCGAUCCCUCAACCGAUAUGGAUUUCUUGGUUGCGCUGGGCGGAGCUGUCGAAUUUGGGAGCGGUCAGCGGAGCGAGGAGGAGGCUCUGCAGUACUUGCAGAAUGUCUUGUCCGUCAAGUCUCCACUCGUCGACGACCCGGAACGCUAUGUAAAGGAGGCUCUUCCGCUAGUUACAGCGCUGUCCGCACUGCCGUCGUCGUAUUUCAGUGUUGCGGAGCGGGAUGCAAUGAUUUUCAUUGCCAUAAAUCUGGAACUCCCGCUUUCCGUUGCAGUUUUGCAAAAGCCGACGUACGAGCGAGAACAACCGACAAAGACGGCUAUUGCAUACAUCGGCUUAUGUCGAUCUUUGCUAUAUCGCUACAUGCGCGCACGUGAAGACCGGGCUGUCAAUCUGUUCUCUCCCACGAUGCUGAGAGUAUAUCUCAUGUCUGCAACUGCUUAUCGCGCUUCGGAUUUGCAACACGGCAUGGACAAUGUUGUUAAGACGACGUUCAUGAUAGAGGAGCUAGUCUGCCGAAAAGCGUUACAACGCGGAUCCACACCACAAGCUAAAGGACCCACCGCAACCGAGUACCUCGAGGCAGUAAAAGCGGCAUGGAAAUCCACAUACGAUGACAUGGAGAAAUUCAACUUGGCAGCACAUGUCAUGCGACCGAUCCUCUCGUGGCUCGAAGCCCGCAAGAAACGAUCAGCAAAGAGCGAUGCCCCGCUCGCGAACGCAGAGACGGACAGUGGGCUUUCGGCACUCGUGCAGGGCUUUGAGGCAGAGGUGUUCAAGACCAUGGGCGCGUUGACCAUUCCCUCGGAAGACGAUAUGGAGGUUGAUCGCCCACCGCUCAAUGUGGAGGGAUGCAAGACCGCGCGAGCGGCUCUUGAGGUGUUCCAGUUGGUGCUUAAGUAUCAUCAUUUUGAGGGUGAUGCGCAUGGGGAUAAGCUGAUGAUGUUCCUUGCGCCGUUGCUUACUGGGGCGAUGCAAUUGUUGCGUGCUUCACCGACCGAGGCGGUUGGCGACCUGGCCUUGCAUGCACAGAUCACUCUGCUGGUCGCCGACCUGCUCGCUGUGUUCUCUGCCAACAUCAAGGAGUUGACCAGCUUUGGUACGAGCGACGCUAUCCGGUCGAUCUGUCAGCUUCUGGAGUUCAUCAUGGGUACAGCGUCGACCUCAGCAUCGCAGGCAGAUGAGGCCAUCGAGACGUGCGCUAAAUGUCUGGGGUCGUUGGUACGUGAAACAUCGAAAGAGCAGUACCUUGCUCUGACGGCAUACUUCCUGGACAAACUGGAACGCGAGCCAUCUCGGAUAUCUGUGUUCGUGGCAGACAACGACGCUCCAGUCCGUGCGGCCGCCGACUCCCUCCCGCUAAUCAAAGCAGUCCACCUCAUCCUCACCGGCGAGAACCGGGCCGUAGGCCGAAGCGUCGUCAAAAAAGCCCUGCCAAACCUUCUCGCCAAACUCGCUCAGGUGCUGCAGGUAACAACCUCCUUCCCAACAGCGAUGGAAAUCCUCCACCUGCUGACGCGGGCAAGCAUGGACAAGUAUCUGAAGAUGCGGCACUCGGACGUCGCGUUCAUUCUUGGCGCUGUUGCCGCUAUUACGGCCAACUCGUCGGGGUUGAGAGAUGCAAUGCCGUUGCGGAAGGGUGGGGAGGCGGCGCCGAAGGAGGCGGUGGAGCUUUUUGAUGCUGUGUAUCGGCUGUUAUUGGCGUUGUUGAAGUUCAGGAAGGAGCUUUUGGUUCCUGUCAUUCCGAGCUUGAUUGGGUUGAUACGGGAUUUGCUCAUGUGUUUCCGCAAGCGAACAGGAGGCGAAGUGAACGGACCGCGAACCGCUCGGCAUCAUGCCAAAAGCGACAUACCCACAACGUGGGAUGUAGCCCAACCCUUCACAACCACAACCCAGCUACCCAACGCAUCGUCACUCACCGCCACAAGUGCACCCGCCAAACUAAUCAUCCAAAUAGAAACCGUGUCCCUCCUCGCCCAAUACGCACCCUUUCCCACCUCAUCAGCAUCUGACCUCUCCCGCAUCCUCGUCGCCCUCGGCCAGAAAGCCCAGCUUUCCGAACGCGCCACAACAUCCACCUCCGCAACUACAACAACAGCGUCAGCAGCAACCGCCGCCUCAGCAACCGUGAAACCCAUCAUGAAGCACGCCCCGUUCCUGCUCUCCACCAUCCUGCACAUCCAAGCCUCCGUGCGCCCCUUUCCUGCAGAUGUCAAGGCGGCGCUUAUGGAGGGGAUCUACACGCUGCUGGAUUUGUGUGGGGACCAUGGACGGGAGGCUGUGCUUGCGGCGUUGGACCCGCAUGGAGGGAGUAGGCCGUUGUUGAAGGCUAUGGUUGCGGAUUGGGAGGCACAUCAUCGGUAUACCGGAAAGAUUUGAGGUGACCUGCACGCCUCUGCCCAGCUGAGCGAGCAUGUUGAUUGUGGGAUGAGCUAUAUACAGAUUAUGGCUGCACACCUUUUUGCGCCUAGGUUACGUCAAGAUACCACG